AUGCAUGAAAAGGAGAAAACAGCAAAAAUUGAAGAAACAAGAGGGAACAACAGACGAGGGGAUCUGGGACCCUGUGCAGAAAUACAUUAUGCCAAGGAGCAGGGAGAUGAUAAUCUCUCUCUGAAAGGCUUUGAUUACCAGAAGAAGUAUAGAGAACAUAUACAAGAAGAAUACCAAAUAAUAGAAGAUAGGAAUGCUUGCAUGGGUGAAUAUGUGAGUCUAGACAAAAGAUACACAGAACUGCUUAUUGUAAAGGAACAUCGGCAGCGGGAGGAGAAAGAACAUGAAAUAAUCACCAGAGGAAGGAAACACACAGAACUGAUGGCUCACCAGACCUGUCUCACUAAGAUUAAUGUUUUAUUUGACCCUGGUAGAAAUCAACAAAGCCCAAAAACUGUUGUGCUACAGGGAGCUGCUGGAAUUGGGAAAACAAUGACAGCAAGAAAGAUCAUGUUGGACUGGGCAGCUGGAAAACUCUAUCAGAAAAAGUUUGAUUAUGUUUUCUAUAUAAAUUGCAGAAAAAUAAAUCUUGUUACUGCAAAGAAAAGUGUUGCUGAUUUGGUUUUAGACAAUUAUCCUGAUGGAGUAAGACCAAUUAAAGAAAUCUUUGAGAAGCCAGAAAAACUCCUAUUCCUAAUAGAUGGUUUUGAUGAGUUGAGUUCCUUGCUAGACAUUGAUGAAGUUAAUCUGUGCACUGACCUUGAGAAGAAGCCAGUGAAAACCGUACUGUGCAGUUUAUUGAGAAAGAAAGUUCUUCAAAAAUCCUUCUUACUGAUCACUACGAGACCAACUGCUCUGGAGAAACUACAGCAUAAUUUAAAAUUUCCAUGUUAUGCAGAGAUAAUGGGAUUUUCUGGAGACGAAAGGAAAGAAUAUUUCUAUAAAUUCUUUUGUGAUGAAAAGAAAGCAACACAAGCCUUUAAUUUUGUCCAAGAAAAUGAAAUGCUCUUCACCAUGUGCUUUGUCCCCAUUGUGUGUUGGAUCAUCUGCACGGUUAUGAAGCAACAGAUGGAAAAAAGGGAAGAUCUUGCACAAACUUCAAAAACAACCACCUCAGUAUAUUUGCUCUUUCUGUCCACUCUGCUAACUGACCAUUUCACUGACUCAAUGCAACAGUCUAAAACUACCCUGUGGAAGCUUUGCUCAUUGGCUGCAGAUGGAAUUUUAGUACAGAAAAUCCUGUUUGAAGAAGGUGACCUGAAGAAACACAAUUUAUCCUUGCCUAAGAUUCACUCUCUUUUUCUGAAUAAAAGUAUUUUUCAAAAAGAUACAGAAUGUGAAAGUGUCUACAGCUUCAUUCACUUGAGUUUCCAAGAGUUUUUUGCAGCUCUGUUUUAUGUGCUAGAGGAAGAUGAAGAGACAACGACAAAACCUUUGUCUUCUAAGAAAGAUGUGACUCACUUGCUAAAAAUUUAUGGACCAUCUAAAAAUAAUUAUUUGAUGUUAACAGUACGUUUCUUGUUUGGUCUCUUAAAUAAAGAGAGACUAAAUGACAUGGAGAAAAAAUUACAUUGCAGAUCACCUGCAAUAAAGCUGGAUUUAUUGAAGUGGUUUGAAGCAGAAGCUAAAAACAUCUCCCUUCUGCCUUAUAAGACCUCUGGGGAACUGCGUGACCAGCUUGAGUUGUUUCACUGUUUGUAUGAGAGUCAGGAAGAAGAGUUUGUGAAAAGGGCAAUGGAUAAUUUCCAAGAAAUUAGAUUGGAACACAUCAGGUUUACAACAAUUGCUCUUUCAUUCUGUGUAAAGAACUGUUGUAGUAAGCAGUCACUUUACCUAUGUAAUUGUACGCUUGGGAUUGGAGAACGAGAAGAAGGAUGGAUAGCAAAGCUACGGAAAUGGUUAUUUCCUCUGAACCCACUGAUGAAAGAUCAUAGAACUUCAGCUGCAUUCGCAUUAUUGCAAGGACUGAAGGAUCCAAACUGUAAUCUAAAGACAAUAUCCUUGUCCAGCUGCAAACUCUCAUCUGCUUUCCCUGAGAACCUCUCCCCUAAGAUGCUCUUUACAAACGAGUCCCUGGAAAAGCUGGAUCUGAGUGCUAACACACUGGGAGACUCAGGACUGAAACAUCUGUGUGAGGGACUGAAACAUCCACACUGUAACCUGCAGACAUUGCUGUUGUGGCAGUGCCAUCUCACAGCUGCUUGCUGUGGGGAUCUCUCUGCUGCACUCAGUACAAACCAGUCCCUGACUGAGCUGGAGCUGAGUGGGAAUGAACUGGGAGAUUCAGGAAUUAAACUUCUGUGUGACGGGCUGAAACAUCCCAGCUGUAAACUGCAGAAAUUAGUGGUUUGGAAUUGCCAUCUGACUGAUGCUUGCUGUGGAGAUCUCUCCUCUCUGCUCAGCACAAACCAGUCCCUGAAGGAGGGAGAAUUCUCUCCCACGUGUGUGUGA